UGUCAAAGCUGGAGAAGAAAAAACCCUCAGUGAUCCCGUAUGUGUCAGCAGUAUGGGAACAAUUGAGACCCAUUUUCUCUAAACACAGCGUCUUUGUGGCUUUUAAACCACAAAACAGGUGAACUCAGGUGCCUGUCCACAUUCAUGAGUGAUGCAGUCAUGCUGUAAAGUCCUGUUAAUGUUUCUGCGGUUGCAUCAGUAACUUCUUUCUUCUGUCGCUCCAGACGUCCCACAGCAGCGAGGUCUGUGAGGAGGAGGAGGAGGAGGAGGAGGACUUCUCCCUGAGCAGCAGCUCUGGAACCAGGAGAGGAGCUCCAGUGUGGAGCAGGAGGAACCAGAAGCUUCACAGAUUAAAGAGGAAGAGGAGGAACUGUGCAGCAGUCAGGAGGGAGAGCAGCUGGGACUGAAGGAGGAGACGGAUACCUUCAUGGUGACUGCUGCUGAGGAAGGAGAGCACAGUGAACCAGGAGGAGACGGGGAGCAGCUCCUCUGUGAUGACUCUCCUCAAAGUGAAAGCACAGAUGAAGAAUCCAGCAAGUGUGAAGAGUCAGGGUUAAGUGAAACUGUGACCUCAGUGCCAAAGAAGAGAAAGAAGCGAGACAGACGUCAGGAUGAUGUGGAGAGCUGGACUGUGUCAGAGAGUCCCUGCAAUGCUGCCACAGGUAGAGAGUCUGAUGUUUGCCAAAAAUCCAUCAAGAGUCAGGCCCAAAGAAAGAAACUUGUUAAAAUCCUUCAAAACAUGUGGGAAAAGCUUCAGGUUGAAAAAGACCUGGAAACGCCACUUGAGAACUCUCACUGGUGGGAGGCCACAUCCUUGGGAAACACUUGAAAAGUGUUUUGGUAUACCACAGGAACGUCUGUAACCAGAGGUUUGUUGAACAUGAAGGCUUUCAGCGCAAAAGGAAUUUGAUGGACCACACGAGGACUCUCACAGGUGAGAGGCUGUAGUUGUACCAUUGUAAUCACACUCUUAGAGAUGGAAGACACUGAGCUGGUCCCAAGCCAGCUAAGACAUAGAGUCUCUCCAUCGUCCAGAUGCCUGAGGACCACAGCGAGUGCAGGAGACCUGAGAGCUGCUGAGGGAUCUCUGCUACAGAGUCAGUGAGUGAUGGCUUAAGAUGUUCACUAGGUGACAGACUUGACGUGAGCACAGAAUGGAAAUGUGGACACCCAGGCUGGGAUCUUCAGGGAAAGGUGAGACGAGGCAGCCGUCUAUGAGCAGAUCUCCAGUCUGCUGAGUGAAACAUGCAUUCGUGUUGCAAAGCGACACAGUGAAACAUGUAGCGCUUGAACUUCAGGUGCGUGGCUCAAGCCGGGACGCUGUCAUCCUGAAGGCAGAAGCUGGAAAACAUCCAGGAAACAUCCUCUUCAUCGUAACUGAAUCUAAUGAUCCAUCUUUGAUCCUGAGAGCCUCUGUGAUCCAGGCUGCUCGGCAUCCACACAAACCUUUGCAGGACCGAAGGCUUUUGAUUAUUUCAUACAAACUAUCACAAACAACAGCUGUGAGCUGCGUGGUGAUCAUAUCAAAGGAAAUAUUCUGACACCGAGGGCUGGACGUUGGCAUCACACGCAGGUACAAAGGAGACCUUUAUCUGCUCUCACCUGUGCUGAGCAGACACCUGUCCUACAUGCUGAUAUGAGCCCUGAAAGUUUACCCAGAAUGCACUUUGUGUGUGAAGCUUCAUGCAGGGAAUUAUGACAACCAGAUCAAACAUCCAGGUUCCUGCUCCUCUGCGUCACACCGCCAUAGGUCCAACACUCCCACACUCACAGAUGUUCAGUCUCUUGGAGUGGAUGUAAAACUGAUCUGAGUUCAGUUUCUAACAGAGCCUGUAACCGUGGGACACACCAAAGAUUAGGUGUGUUUUAGUUUGGACAUAGAGCACAGACCGAUCUCUGACAGCUUACCCUCCAAAUUAUCUGCUUUUUCAACCAAAGGUCUGACACUUUGAAUUCAAUGCCUAAAAACCUUUAUUUGCAAAGUGCUUUUCACAGAAAAAACUAAAAUAACAUAAAUAAAAGUGCCGAAAUGUGUGGUUUCCAUUAAUUUGGUAGUAAUUCAACAGAAAGCCCGUUUAAAUAAUGAAGUUUAAAGCUGUGACUUUUAUUGUGAAAGCGCUGACAGGAAGAGGCUGUGUUUCGCCGGUGUGCUUUGACCUCGGAGCUGUUCGGAGCGGCUCGGCUCUGCUCGCUCCACCUUCGUCCCUCCCCUGGCCGGAGCGGAGUGAGAUGCGUCCCGGAGCCUGAGGCGUUCGGACGAGUCAGAGCCGGACGCGGAGCUUUCAGGCGGGGAGCCUCCGGAGAGACACCGCGCCGUCUGUCGCACUGAAACCGGGUGUAGGUGCACUGCUGGCGGCUUCGCCUCCAGCUGCGUGCCGCUGAAAGCUGCAGGACUGAGACAUGUACCAGGUCCAGCUGGUCGGGGAGCAGCAGGAGAGCCGGCCCCUACUGAGCCCCUCCAUCGAUGACUUCCUGUCGGAGACCCGGAGCGACACCCCCUCCGCCCGACCGCUCACCUCCAACACAGCAGUUCUGUCCACAGCUCUGGAUCUGGUGGACCUCAGCGAGCUGGGGGAGAGCAGCGGGGCGAGCAACAAGGAGCGGAGGAGGAGCCCUCUGAGGAAGAAGGGCAGCUCGAAGAGUCCGCGACGCCGAGCCAAACCCGAGGAGACGGAGCUGAUCCAGGUGCAGGUGGAACACCUGCCCGCUAGUCCCAGAACACCUGAGAGGAUCUCCCUGGACUCAGUCAGCCUGUCGUCUCCUCUGGAGAAAUGGGAGGAGGUGAACCUGGACGUGGAGGACGGCGGGCGCAGGAGGAGAUAUGAGAAGAGAUGCACCUCCCAUCACUCGUCCAGUGAACUGCUGUGGUCGGCAGAGUUUAAAACCGACCCGCUGACCAAGAACAGCUUCAACAUCCACAGCUUCGACGACCUCGACUUCAUUUCUUCAACGCAGGACUGCGGGGCGUCCCGGCAGCGCAGACGGACUCGCUCUCUGCUGCUCAGGAACGAGUCUCUGGAGGACGAGUUUGUCCGGGCGAAAGCUGCUGUGGAGUCGGACACAGAGUUCUGGGACAAGAUGCAGGCUGAGUGGGAGGAGCUCGCUCGGAGGAACUGGCUGGAGGACUCCGAGGACCAGCAGCCGGUCCCGCCCACCGUCUCACCUGCAGAGAAGGGUUACUAUUUCAACACCAACAACCCGUACAGAGACUGGCCCAACGUCUUCGCCGAGGCUCAGGAGAAAGCUCGGGAGGGAGACCUGAACACUGCCGUGCUGCUGCUGGAGGCCGCCAUCCUGCAGGACCCGCAGGACUCAGAGGCGUGGCAGCUUCUGGGUAUGACUCAGGCUGACAACGAGAACGAGCAGGCCGCCAUCGUGUCGCUGCAGAGGUGCCUGGAGCUCCGCCCCAACAACCUGCCGGCCCUCAUGGCGCUCGCCGUCAGUUUCACUAACAGCGGCAUGCAGCGGGAGGCCGGCGACGUGCUGCGCCGCUGGAUCUGUCACAACCCGCGAUAUAAACACCUGGUCCAGGACAGCAGGAGUCCGCUACGGGGCUCCCCGGCCAUGCCGUGCAGGGCCCCCCACGCCUCCACACCUGCCAGGUGUGAGCUGCAGGACGUGCUGCUCCUCUUCCAGGAGGCGGCUCUGCUGAACCUGGACUGUGUGGAUCCCGACCUGCAGACCGGGCUGGGAGUCCUCUUCAACCUGAGCUCGGACUUCGACAAGGCGGUGGAAGCUUUCAGUGCAGCGCUGUCUGUCAGGCCACAGGACUACCUGCUGUGGAACCGUCUGGGAGCCACGCUCGCCAACGGAAACCGCAGCGAGGAGGCAGUGGAGGCGUACACCAGAGCUCUGGAGCUGCAGCCCGGAUUCAUCCGCUCGCGGUACAACCUGGGAAUCAGCUGCAUCAACCUGGGAGCGCACAGGGAGGCGGUCAGUAACUUCCUCACGGCGCUGAACCAGCAGAGGCGGAGUCAGCGCUGCAGCCAGCAGCAGAUGUCGGCUAACAUCUGGGCCGCCUUGCGGAUCGCCAUCUCAAUGAUGGACCGCCCCGAGCUGUUCCAGGCCGCCAACAUGGGCGACCUAGACCUGCUGAUGAGGGCCUUCGACAUGAGCGACGUCUGACGGCGAGUCAUGGGAGGGCGGAGCCUUGCUCCCAGAGUCACGGGAGCUCGGUUGGAUGUGAGCAUUUUCGCCUUCGUGGUGUUUUGAAAGUGGGCGGCUCUGUUGUACUCAUGGAAGCCCCGCCUCCAUCCUCCACCACAGCCUGCUUCUCUGUCUCCUUCCUCUGUCAGCUGCUCUCCACAUCUUCCAUCCCAGCACCCUCCAACCCUCUCCACUACGUCCAUGAACCUCCUCUGAGCUCUUUCUCUUCUCUUCCCGCCUGAAGCUCCACCUUCCCGCUUCUGCACAUGCUCAGACCAACUGAGCCAUUGGUCUGAUGGACUCACGUCUGAUCCUGUCCAUUCUGCUCACUCCCAGUGGACAUCUGAACAUCCCAGCAGGUGUCACUACCAUCUUUAAACCUUCUCCUUCUGUCACCUGGCUCCGCCCACUCUGCCCCUCUCCUGCUUUGCAUUAACCGGACCAGAAUUUAGAAAAUAAACUUUGUUUUUUAAUGAAGCAGACGUGAAACCAGCGACUCAUCAGGAAAGACUUCCCUGCGCUCAUUUUCUCAUGGACUUGUAUACAGUCGCACACCAAAGUCGCCCCCUGCUGGUCACCCUGUCAUGUCCAAACCCCAGAAUCUCUUCAGUGGUCGUUCUCGCCUCUGUAGCUUUUCUAUCGGCUCUGUUCACUUGCAGCACGUCUUUCAGCUCAGGUUAUAAAAACUCACGAUGUCCGUGGACAUGAAGCUUAACACCAGGUCCUUUCCUAACGAGUAAUCCAAACCACGGAGCUGCAGGAGUGAGGAGAAGCAGAACACGCCCACUUUAAGGCUUUUUCCUCCCAUGUUUCUUCACCUUGUUACUUUUAACCCUUUAAAGCCAUAAAACAGCAGCAGGGGUCUGUUAGAAACUCGCCUCUGUGUAUCACCCCCUGCAGGCAACAGCUGGUACUGCAGCAGCAUUUAUUUAAAUCCAACCAAGAGGCCACCUUCACACCUGAGAUCAGGUGUGGUGCUAAAGGUGAAUAACAGAACUCAGAAUUCUGAUGUUUUCCAUGUGGUGAUGAUGAAGCAGCUGUAUCAGGGCUAGCGCCACCUGCAGGAAGGGUUCGGGCAUGUGUCAAAUAUUUUCCAAAGGAAUUCAGGAGAAAUAUCUGUCGUCUUCAGGCGACUUUUGUUGUGAUUUGGCGCAAUAUAAAUACAACUGAAUUGAAUUAAAACGAUUUGCUUUGGCAGUUGAAAAGUUAAACGCCUCGCCCCCUGAGUGACACAGCCGUCUGUCUUCCCACAAAGGAUGACCCUCAGCGAGCCGUACAGCUUCUUCCAGAACCAACGUCUGCUGGAUCCCUACGAGUCCUCCCGCCUGCUCACCUCCGACCUCGCCUCGUAUCUGCUCCUUCCUCUGAAAGAGACAGAAAAGAAAAACACCCCUCUGCCUAGCCUUGAUUAUUUUCAUCCUACCGCUGAUUCCAAUAUCUAGUUCAGGACAUUCUGUUCAGACUCUCCCAGAGAAUAUCUCUCUAACCCUGAAGUGUACGCAUGCUGCAAAACCCUCCAUGCUCUACGCCUACGCCUCAAUAUUUCAAAUCCAGUCAUGGCGCAGGACGAAGCUUUUGACCCUCAAACACGGAGCGCCAACAUGUUUAUGAGCACAUUUCCAUUGUGUUUAUAAAAAAUAAUAAAACAGCUAUAUUUAAUCAUUUUAAACCCUAACAUGUCUCACUGAUGCAGCGGCACUUCUGUGCGUUAAGGUUUUUCACAAAACGACUGCAGCGGUUUCCCGCCUGGCCUGGAGGUGGCGCUCAUCGUCCCGUCAUACCUGCUGCUGUUCCUGUGUUUGCCUGUGGGAGGCGCCUGUGAUUGAUUCCAAACAUUAACACGUUAUAGUUUAAAACUGAUGUUUGUAUUAUUGUUACAGUUUCUGUGUUUUAUUCUGAAAAGUCGUGUUCAUGCUCUGUCCCUUCCUUCCUGUCGCUGGUUCUCAGGUGAGUGUGAGAAAACGCGCAGCAGCUGAUCCGGUUAAUCGAAAGCUAAAUCAAAGCAGCGUCCCCCGAGUCCUGGAGCGGUGAAGGCUUCCUGUCCUGUCCUUAGUUCGGGACGACUUCCUGUCUGUGGUUCUUUUCAGAUCAGCUGACAGGAAACCACAGCGCUUCUCAUUCUGAGGGUUUUACUGUGUUCAAGUCAGGACGCCCAAGUAACAAAAGCAAAGAGCUCCAGAAAAGCAAACAGCCAGCGCGUUUUCAUCCACAGCUUCCUGCUUCAGAGAUUAACGGGAAGAUUCACAAACUUCAUCCACACGAUGAUGAGGAGUGUGAAUCUUCGUCCUGCUGCUUCUCCUGAGUCCUGCUCGUCUUCACGUCUGUACGGUUCUGAUGUAAAUGACUGUACGGACAGUAAUCACAUGUAAACUGAUGAUAUUAAACGGGUGAUAUAGAAA